CCGCAGUCUCUGCCAGGCAGGGCAGCAAUCUCAAACCUUUCCUUUGCUGCGUUGCUAUAAACGCUUUGAAAAAGUUGCUCGCUCCUCCCCUCGCUGAAAAAUAAUCCGCAACCGGCUGCUCCUCACAGCCUGCCAUAGAGUCGACAGACUCUCGGGCCAGAAGGCCUGAGAAGAGAAGGCUGUCGCAUCUUGAGAUCGCCAUAUCCGGUCCCCGGUUUCUAUGGUAACAGCUGCAGGCACAACUUGGUGCCCUAUGACCUCCCUCCCAAAAUCCUUGUCCCACCUGGGUUUCUCUCCUCGGCGGCGCUUGCAUUUAUGAUCUGUAAGCCUGCUCCUUAUCAUCGUUCCUACAAGGAAUUUGGGUCCCAGCAGGGCGCUGCCCAGGGCUCUCCAGACCGCCACCCGCCUUUCAAGACCUCUGACCCGGCCCCCAGUGUAGUUCAGUAACUCUGCUUCCUUCCCGGGAUGCGCAGUCGCGCCCUUCCUCUAAGGCCCAGCUGGAGGAUUGGUAAAGUAGCUUAUGCGCGUCCACGCCCCUUUCUCCCCAGGUGGUAGGACCCGCCCUCCGCUCCACCGCCCCCUCCAGGUGAGUGGUAGCUUCUCCCCGGCGCGCAAGGUAGUGAUGACACGCGUCCCCCCUCCUCUGAAGGCGAGUUGGUAGCGUCCGUGACGAAGUUAGCCCGAUCCUCCCACGCGCGCCUCCUUCCUCGCCGCCGCAGCGCCCUCUCCGUGCCACUGGCUCUCACGUGCGGGUAGCCUACCCUGCAUCAUCCUCUCGCCUCGCUCUCACUGGGAAGUGACUGUAUUUCCCCGUUGUCUUCCACCCGGGCCGCCCGGGCGCAGCGGCCGGGCCCGCCCGCUGACGUCACCUUCAGCCCCGCCCCCUCCAGGGUCCAGGGCCCUUGCGGCGGGGGCUGCCCCGGGGGGAGUCAGUUGAGGCGGCGGGAGCUCGGCGGAGGGCGGGCCAGGUGACUGGUCCGGGCCAUGCCGAGGAAGAAGCCUUUCAGCGUGAAGCAGAAGAAAAAGCAGUUGCAGGACAAGCGGGAGCGGAAGAGAGGGCUUCAAGAUGGGCUGCGAUCCAGUUCCAACAGCCGCAGCGGGAGCCGAGAGCGGCGGGAGGAGCAGACCGACACCUCGGACGGGGAGUCUGUGACCCAUCACAUCCGCAGGCUCAACCAGCAACCUUCCCAAGGGCUGGGCCCGCGAGGCUAUGACCCAAAUCGAUACCGGCUGCAUUUUGAGCGAGACAGCCGGGAGGAAGUGGAGAGGAGAAAGAGAGCUGCCCGGGAGCAAGUGCUACAGCCCGUCAGUGCUGAGCUGCUGGAGCUGGACAUCCGGGAGGUCUACCAGCCCGGCUCUGUCCUGGACUUUCCCCGACGUCCUCCUUGGAGCUAUGAGAUGUCUAAGGAGCAACUGAUGAGCCAGGAGGAACGGAGCUUCCAGGAGUAUCUUGGGAAGAUUCAUGGGGCUUACACCUCUGAGAAACUCAGCUACUUUGAGCACAAUCUGGAGACAUGGAGGCAGCUGUGGCGAGUGUUAGAGAUGUCUGAUAUUGUUCUGCUGAUUACUGAUAUCCGACAUCCAGUUGUGAAUUUCCCACCAGCACUUUAUGACUACGUGACUGGAGAGCUUGGGCUGGCCCUGGUGCUUGUCCUGAACAAGGUGGAUCUGGCCCCGCCAGCUCUCGUGGUUGCCUGGAAGCAUUAUUUCCAUCAACACUAUCCCCAGCUCCACAUUGUUCUUUUCACCUCUUUCCCUCGGGAUCCCCGCACCCCACAGGACCCUAGCAGUGUCUUGAAGAAGAGUCGGAGGCGGGGAAGAGGAUGGACUCGGGCUCUGGGGCCAGAGCAGCUGCUGAGAGCCUGUGAAGCCAUCACUGCGGGGAAAGUGGACCUGAGCAGCUGGCGGGAGAAGAUUGCCCGGGAUGUGGCCGGGGCCACCUGGGGUAGCGGCUCCGGGGAGGAGGAGGAGGAGGAGGACGGGCCGGCCGUCUUGGUGGAGCAGCAGACUGACUCUGCGAUGGAGCCGACGGGCCCUGCGCGGGAGCGCUACAAGGACGGGGUGGCGACCAUUGGCUGCGUGGGUUUCCCCAAUGUGGGCAAGUCCUCGCUGAUCAACGGGCUGGUAGGCCGGAAGGUUGUGAGUGUCUCCAGAACUCCGGGCCACACACGAUACUUUCAGACCUACUUUCUCACUCCCUCCGUGAAGCUCUGUGACUGUCCCGGCCUCAUAUUCCCCUCACUUCUGCCCAGGCAGUUGCAGGUCCUGGCGGGGAUCUACCCUAUCGCCCAGAUCCAGGAGCCGUACACCGCUGUGGGCUACCUGGCCUCCCGCAUCCCUGUGCAGGCUCUGCUCCAUCUGCGCCACCCAGAGGCUGAGGACCCCUCUGCAGAGCACCCCUGGUGUGCCUGGGACAUCUGUGAAGCCUGGGCAGAGAAACGUGGUUACAAGACAGCAAAGGCCGCCCGAAACGAUGUGUACAGAGCAGCCAACAGCCUCCUGCGGCUGGCACUGGACGGCCGCCUCAGCCUGUGUUUUCAUCCCCCGGGCUACAAUGAGCAGAAAGGCACCUGGGAGUCCCAUCCAGAGACCAUGGAGCUGGUGGUUUUGCAGGGCAGGGUGGGGCCAGCGGGUGACGAGGAGGAGGAGGAAGAGGAAGAGCUGAGCAGCUCCUGUGAGGAGGAGGGAGAGGAGGACCGGGAUGCGGAUGAGGAGGGGGAAGGGGAUGAGGACACCCCAACCUCGGCUCCAGGGUCCAGCCUGGCCGCCCGAAACCCUUAUGCCCUGCUGGGCGAGGAUGAGUGCUGAGUCCCUGCCCUACUCCAUCUCCCCACCUCCCCAAUAUCUUUGCUUUUGGACUGACCCGGGGGUCUCUCCCGUCUGCCGCCCCAGUUGUGAAUAAAGAUUGUCUGCUUUGUAGCCCCUUCCCUA